CACCAGGAGGAUAAAAGCAGGAGCCAAGCGCAGCCGCUCACUCAUCUGACAAGCUUUGCCAAGAUGAAGGUGCUUCUAUUCUUGGGCAUCUGCUUUCUUGCAGCCGUGGCUGUGCCCAGCGCCGAAGGCAGGCGAAUGGAGAGAUGCUCACUGGCUCGAAUGUUCAAGAAGGAAGGCUUUGACAACCUUGUGGGCCGUAGAGUGGCUGAUUGGGUCUGUCUGGUACAACAUGAGAGUUCUUACAACACCAGGGCUGUCAAUGUUAAUAGUAACAAGAGCCGCGACUAUGGCCUCUUCCAGAUCAACAGCAAAUAUUGGUGUGAUGACGGAAAGACACAAGGUUCUAAGAACGCCUGUCGUACUAAAUGCAACAAAUUCCUAGAUGAUAACAUUGAUGAUGACAUCCGGUGCGCCAGGAAAAUAGCACAGGAGGCCAAAGGGCUGACUCCUUGGGUCGGUUGGAAUAAGCACUGCAAAGGGAAGGACCUUUCUCAAUAUGUCAGGGGCUGCUUCUAGUCCAGAAACUCUGAAGACAGCAUUGUUGAGGGAGAAUGGAAAUUUCAAAGCAGUGGUGGCAAUUGAGUGUCGGGAGAAAAUGGAAAGAAAAAAAGAAUGAAUAGCACCAUGUAUUCAAGCAAAAGAUCGUGGCAUUUGUGAACCAAUCAAACAUGCGGGAUGGGCUGAGCCAAUCCAUGGCUCCUUCCAAAUCUUUUAUGGUGGAAUGUGUGCAACUUUUUGGUGAUUAAUAAAAAAGAUGUUGUUCCUUUA